AUGUCUACCGGAGGAUAUGAGAACUGCACGAGAGGGACGUUUUACGGCUUCAGCGACAAUGCAAAUAAUGAAUUUUGGCCCGGCGAGACGGUCAAUCUGCAAUGGGGCGCAGUCGAUAAUGGCGACCGGAGGCUAAACCUCUCACUUGGCCGGGUGGGAGCGCGAGCAACCUUCACGACCGAUAGCAAUCUCUACCAACUGGUCUCCAAUACCACCGCAAACUGCACCCUCGAACAAUACACAUGGGCCAUCCCUUCAGACUUCAACACGACCAACCCAGAAUAUCAAAUCGGGUUAUUCGACGGCGAAGCGAACCUGGGCGACAAUGGUAUCCCCUUGAACGGCUUCAUCUCCUGGACACCCGCCUUCUACGUUCGGCCCAAGGCCGAAGCAACAUCUGCGUUGAAGACAGCGAGCGCCACAGGUCUAGUGACCGGCACUGGUACCGCGCUCCAUCAACCCCCCCCAUGGAAACAAGCGCAUCAACCCAUUCAAACACGCAUGGCCACAGUCAACAUCAUUCUUCUCACUCAUCGAGCCUUGGGAUCGGCUUGGGUGUCGGAUUAG